AUGUACACUCAACAAGCAUUUUUAAAGACGGUUUUCUGCUUUUCAGAUGCAUACACGCAUAACAAUAUGUUAAAACAGCUUCUAAACGUGAAACUUUCAACAGUUAUUGAUUAUUAUGAACCAUUAAGUCCUGAACUUGUUGCUAAAUAUCAUGAUUUAGAAUUGAAGAGUGCAACGGUUGUCUUGAUCGUUGACGGUUUGCAAAAUAUUAUGGAUGAUGUCGAUAAUGGAACAAAGAAAGUUUCUAUAUUCUACAAGACAUUAACAAGUAUAGCAGACCUCUCGUUAGAGGACACUUUUCUUAAAUACAUGUUGUAUUAUUAA